CCAAAUCAGAGGGUAAUUAAACUAUAAUUAGAAAAUGGGAAGGUCUCCUUGCUGUGAGGAAAAUGGUCUAAAGAAAGGACCUUGGACUCCUGAAGAAGAUCAAAAACUCACCAAUUAUAUCAAUAAACAUGGCCAUGGCAGCUGGAGAGCCCUCCCUAAACUUGCAGGUCUUAAUAGAUGUGGAAAGAGUUGCAGAUUGCGUUGGACUAAUUAUCUUAGGCCUGAUAUUAAAAGAGGCAAGUUUUCUCAAGAAGAGGAACAAACAAUUCUCAAUCUCCAUGCUGUCCUUGGCAACAAGUGGUCUGCAAUUGCAACUCAUCUACCAGGGCGAACUGAUAAUGAAAUCAAGAACUUCUGGAAUACUCAUUUGAAGAAGAAGUUAAUUCAGAUGGGGUAUGAUCCAAUGACUCACAGACCUCGAACUGAUAUUUUUAACAGCUUACAACAUCUUAUAGCUUUGGCAAAUUUGAAGGAGUUGAUGGAACAUCAGUACUUGCAAAAUCUCCUCCAAACUCACAAUAACAUCAGUUUCAGUACUUCUAUCCAAGAUAUUGAAGCUUACAAUCUUUUAAAUUCACUUUCUUCAUUGAAAGAUAGCCAAUUCUUAGGCACUAACAACCAUAUGGAAAAUCACUUAAUUUCCUCACCUAAUUCAAGUCUUCAAGCUAUUCAAGAUUUAAUCCCUUUUUCACAUUUGCCUGAAUUACAAACCUCUUGUAGUUUCCAAAAUUCAAUAAACAAAGAUAAGGUUCGGCCUCAAAACACUGACUUUACUGUUUUGAGCAAUGGAGAAACAUUAUCACCUACUUCUCCAUGGAUUCCUUCUGCUCUAUCUCCUUCUCCUCCUCGUCCUUCGCUAACAAAUGAUCAGAGAAGAAAAGAAAAUUCAUCAGAAAUGGUGGUCUCAUCUUGCUUACUGGAAGAGAGGAAGCUUCCGGACCAUCUUUUUCAACCAGAUAGCGAGCGAGCACUCAGCAAUGAAGGAGCUCCACCUUCUAUCUGGCCUGACCUUCUCCUUGAAGACUCUUUUUUCCAAGAUAUUCCAAAGUUUUAAAAUAGUAGUACCUGGAAUAACCAGUGCCAGUUACUUGACUGUUGGAGGAGAAACCACUGUUAGAAAUGUUCACAUAGAAGCUCCUCUUUCAUCUGCAGGUAUAGUAUAUGGUAUAAAUUGCUUGGAGUUUUAAUUUUCACAAACUUUUUUUCCAUUUUUUGUACUUUACUAGUUUGCCUUGCUAAAGUUUUAAAAUAGUAGUACCUGGAAUAACCAGUGCCAGUUACUUGACUGUUGGAGGAGAAACCACUGUUAGAAAUGUUUACAUAGAAGCUCCUCUUUCAUCUGCAGGUAUAGUAUAUGGUAUAAAUUGCUUGGAGUUUUAAUUUUCACAAACUUUUUUUC